GAUAGAGAGGGACAGAGAGAUAGAGAGGGACAGAGAGGGACAGAGAGACAGACAGAGAGAGAGAGUGUGUUUGGUCGGGGCUGCAAUCCAACUCUUCAGAGAGAGAGGAAGAGGAGCGGGAUGACAGUUUGGGAAUUGGAUCCAGAGCCAUGAGGAGAAGGGGAGGUGAGGACCACCUCGCCUUUGGCCCGGGGCCGUGCCCGCUUGCCCGGCUCUUACCCUGCGGACUGUGAGAGACGGAGAUGGGGGCGGUCAACGCCACCGCCUUCAAUACUUCCCAGUGGCCGGAGGCCGGAGGUGGGGCUGGCCAGUACUCGGCCGGAGCUGUGGCCGGCUUGUCGGCUCUGGUAGGCUUCCUGAUCCUGUUCACGAUCGCGGGCAACACACUGGUGGUGAUCGCGGUGUUGACGAGCCGGGCUCUCAGGGCACCCCAGAACCUGUUCCUGGUGUCCUUGGCCAGCGCGGACAUCCUGGUGGCCGCUUUGGUGAUGCCCUUCUCGCUGGCCAACGAGCUGAUGGGCUACUGGUACUUCGGGUCGGUCUGGUGCGAUGUCUACCUGGCUCUGGAUGUCUUGUUCUGCACUUCGUCCAUCGUACACCUGUGUGCCAUCAGCCUGGACAGGUACUGGUCCAUUGUCAAGGCGGUAGAGUACAACCUCAAGAGGACUCCUGGUAGGAUCAAGGCGGCCAUCGUCACCGUCUGGCUCAUCUCGGCCAUCAUCUCCUUCCCUCCCCUGAUUUCCACCUCCCGGCCAGUGGAGGACCAGCUCCGACCCUCUUGCCGCAUCAACGACGACACCUGGUACAUCCUGCUUUCAUGCGGCGCCUCUUUCUUCGCCCCCUGCCUCAUCAUGCUCCUGGUCUACCUCCGCAUCUACCGGGUGGCCAAGCACCGGACCCGGAGCCUGUCGGUGAAGAGAAACGGCCCGGAUGGCUCCUCGCAGACCGAGGAGGUUCCCAGCCGGCCCGCCUCCCUCAAGCAGCAAGGGGACGUAGGGAGUGCUGCUACCGGCAGCAGCGGCGGCGGCGGGGCUGCAGGAGGAGAGCGCCAGAAUGGCCACUACUGCUCGGCCGCUGAGCAAACCGAGCCCGAGGACAGCUCCGCUUCCAAGACCCCCCCUUCCAGGAAGGAAGCUUCCAAGAAAGACUCGGGCCUGAGCCGCCAGCGCCUGUCCCGCUCCAGCAGCCGCUCUUUCGAUGUGUUCUCCACCCGGCGGAGGCGGCGAGGCAGCCGAAUGUCCAGGAGCAAGGCCUCCCAGGCCAGAGAGAAACGCUUCACCUUCGUGCUGGCCGUGGUCAUGGGGGUCUUCGUGCUGUGCUGGCUCCCUUUCUUUUUCAGCUACAGCCUGUACGGUAUCUGCCGGGAGCUGUGCGAGAUCCCAGAGACCCUCUUCAAAUUCUUUUUCUGGAUUGGUUACUGCAACAGCUCCCUCAACCCUGUCAUCUACACCAUCUUCAACCAGGACUUCAGGAGAGCUUUCCACAAAGUCCUCUUCAAACCCAAGAAAAGGACAUUCUAGUUCAGCCUCUCUCCAAACCCCCCCACCCCCACCCCUUCUUCAAACUGCUGUCCCCAGUCUCUGGGUCUGAACAUGUAUGUAAUCUAUAUGCUGUUAUGUGUGGAUGUAGGAAAAUGCGUAUGUGUCAUAAAAGUUGAAGUCUCCAUAUCCUACCAGAUCACAGGGCUUGCUCUCCCAUGGGAGAGAGAGAGGACUGGCGGUGGUUUGUUUGUUGUCCAACGGGAACUCCACUCUGUACACUGACUGUGGCUAGCCAGCUAAUAGUCAGUUGAGGAGAUCUUCUGAAUCCUCUUUAUUUUUACUGGUGGUGGUUUAAUACUAUGGUCACCAAGCCUCAGGCCAGGGAAGAGGAUGAGAAGAAGAGUCCUUCCUGGUAACCUCAGCUGGUGCUGGAAUUGAACCCAUGCGUCACUCUGAUUUGCAAACUGUGUCAUAUAAAUAUAUGUAUAGAUGGAGCAUAUUCUAUCUCCAUAUAUAUAUAUGUAUAAAUACUGAUUGUUUGGUUUGAUUAUAUAUGAUGAUGGUUCAAUUUUAUAUGUAAUCCAACCAGCCAAAUGUGAAAGAGUUAAAUUCUAACUAACAUUUAGUUCCGAUAUUUUCUUGUGCCUAUGUGUUUCGCAGUUACAAUAUGUAAUAUUUAGCUUUCUUCCUUCCCCCAUUCAAAAUCAUGCCUGGCAAC